CCCCUGAAAAACGUUUAAGAACUAAGAACAUGAGAAGCUGUAUUUAAAAAAAUCAUUGCUGGACUCUGGAAGCUAAGCAUUUAGGAGUCAGGAAAUGCCCAAAACGUCUGUGCAAUGUGAAUGCGCCUCCUGUGUGCUCGUGCGUUACACUGCAGUCUUUUGAUUACAUGAGCAUGUACUGUUUUUUUCUGUAGGUCCUUUGUUGCAUUCAGCAUUUGGGUUGAAGGUGAAUCGGAGAUGGUUGGUAAAAGAGAGCAGCAUAUGGAAAUGCUGGAACUCUCAAUAUUUGAAUUGAGAAGCACAGUAAUGGAGCUGGAAAAACAACUUGGCAGUGUUGAGGAUGAAGGCAAUGAAUGGAAAACUAGAUAUGAAACACAAGUUGAACUAAAUGGACAGCUAGGAAGGCAAAUUGGUUUCCUUCGGAAAAAGAUGGAACAUAUUCAUGGAAAUCCAACAGAUAGAUUGUCCUCCAUUCGCUUCUUUGAUCAAAUGCCUGUGGGCUCCUUAAAUCAGUUUGUUAAACAACUAGAAAAAGAGAAGAAAAAUCUCCAAAGCCAACUGAAAGAUUAUGAGCUCAGACUGGAACAAGAAGCAAAGGCUUACCACAAAGCCAGUGAUAAGAGACGUAUAUACAUAGCAGAGAUUUCACAGACAUCAGCUAUACUUAAAGUUGCUGAAAGACAGAAAAUGGAUGCAGUGUCCAGCAAAAGAGAGAAUCAGAUAUUAAGAGGAAGAUAUAAUGUUCAAGAAAACAAGAGAAUAUUGGAUCCCAAGAAAGGACCAAUUAAAAAGACAGCAGGAGUGAAGAAACUUCCAAAACUAAAACAGUGAACAAAUAUUCUUAAUAAGAACUUCCAAUUGCUUCUUUUGUUGUUUUAAAAUUGAAACUGCCUUCAGUAAAACUGAACAGAAUUGUUUUGGGCAAAUUCAAACUAAAAUAGCUACUAAUGGAUCUUUGUUUCCCAGUAACUUCAUAAGUCGCUGUUCUAAGGGAAAAGUGCUCCCUAUGUAGUAGUCUAUCUCUGAAUUCUCAGGUGUGGCCCUUGACAAACUGAUUGCUGUACAUGAAAAGUUAGCUCAUACAAAAUCAAGUCAGGUGGCUCAGAGAAUCGGUUAAUCAUCAUAAGAAUGGUAGAUUUUUCUCCCCUUGACUGUACAAUCAGUUACGAAAAACAGCUCCUUUCUGAGCUCUCUAUUAGGGAGAUUAAGAGGAUCUAUGUGGCUUCAAAGAGUAAUUUUAUCACCUAAACCCAGUGAGCCUAUGAGAAGAAUCCUUAUUCUGCAUAGGAGUAAUCAGAGUGUGUCCCCUCUGUCUUAGUCAUAGGAUGGCAGAAGUUUCCUUCACAGCCCUUGGAGCUCUUAACUGAGCACUACUUAAAUGAGACCAAGCUCGGAGCCAGUCUGUCAUUCAAUCUACAGCCUUGAAGAAGCGUUCUUCUGUUAGGUUGUGUUAGAUUGUACAAGCUGCCUGGUUCUUUCAGAUUGACUCCAGGACUGUCACUGGCCACACUAAAGAGCACUGAAAGAAGUGAUAUUUGUUGCGCAUUUGGCCCCUUGAUGGCAUGGCUGUAGAGGCUUUGACAGAAAUGUAUGGUUGCUGAAUGCUUUAAAAAGUGCCUGAUGGCUUGACAAAUUGACCUUCGUUUAAUGUAGGUUCAGAUGAAGGCGCCCCAAAGCAGAACAACUUCAUUAACUUCUGUUUGUGUGCGUAAGCAGAGCUGGGUUGAUGUAGCCCAGCCGCACUCCCAGUGCUUUCUGCAGCCUGGGAGCAGGGGGAUGGUGGAGGAGAAGGAGCUCUGGUAUGGGGUUUGCCUGUCUUGCACUGGAUGGGGGGUGUUUGGAUUGGAGCCCUCCUGAGGUGAGGGACUCCAGUCUACCCGCCCUGCCUUUCAGUGCAAGCUGGGUAAACCCCAGACCAGAGCUCCUUCCCCUCCCCACAUCCCCACUCCCAUCCUAUAGACAGCACCUGAGCUGGGGUGGAGGUGCAGGAUGGCAGGACUAGGGCAGAAAGGAUGUGUGUCUGUAGCCUUUCUCCCCUGAACUGGCUCCAAACUAGAGCUCUCCAGAGAAAUUCUGUUGUGUUUGGGGGGGUUGGGGGUGUCACUGUAAUUUAUGGUGCUUUCUAUGAAGCGCCAUGAGUUAGUGGGGAGCUGUAUAUCUGUCAGCACCCAAACAUUGCCUUAUUGUAGUUUUGUCAUUCUUUGCUUCUGUUAUUUGUAUGCCUUGGGGCUCCACAGUUAUUUCCAGCUGGACUUCUCAGAUGUCCUUUACUGUGCAGAGAAACAAAAAAUAAAAUUUGGUUUAGAAAACUUUA